AUGGCGGCGAUCGAGAGUCAGUUAAGAUUUAAGAUAAUCACAGGUGUGGCUCGAGGUCUUCUUUAUCUCCAUGAAGAUUCUCGUUUCAAAGUUAUUCAUAGGGAUCUUAAAGCAAGCAAUGUUCUAUUGGACGAUGCAAUGAAUCCGAAAAUUGCUGAUUUUGGAUUGGCCAAGUUGUUUGAUACAGACCAACCAAGUUCGACUAGGUUUACAGACAGAGUUGCAGGAACCUACGGUUACAUGGCUCCAGGAUAUGCAAUGAGCGGUUACAUGGCUCCAGAACACAUUGGUUUGUUAUGUGUUCAAGAGAAAGCAGAGAGUAGACCAACAAUGGCUUCUGUUGUUGUAAUGUUCAAUGCAACCUUCGCAACCGGCUUUAUACCUAGGAGAUGGAGAAUCAAGAGGCAACCACAUAGGUAG